AUGGCUAUUUCUAACUUGUUCCGCCUGAAUAAGGUCAACGAUAAAAAUAAAUCUAGUAAAAACGUUAAAAAGUUUGACAAAGGAGCAAAAUCUAAACCUAAUAAAAAGGUUGUGCCAUUAAAACAUACUCCUGGACCGAGCUGUAUUGAUAAUUUAAAGGUUUCAGUGGAUUCUUCUCAACUUACUAAAGUUAUUGAAGCUUUUAAGAAAAGAGAAGCUGAUAGUAAUUCAAAUGAAAAGGAUUUAUUAGAUGAAUCUUCGAGAAAAUACGUUUUACUCCAGUUCAGACUCUCGAAACUGCCACCUGAACCACAUGUUAAACCGUUACAAAUACAACUAAAACAUCCUAUAUAUUCUGGAAAAGAAAUAUGUGUUCUGGUAAAAGAUCCACAGAAAACUUGGAAGUCUGUGAUUUUUGACUUAAAAAUACCAGAAAUUAAGAAGGUUAUGGGAGUGGGUAAAUUGCGUAAAAAGUACAAAACAUACGAGGAUAAGAGAGCUUUGUGUAACAGCUUUGACCUAUUCUUGUGUGAUAAAUCCGUAUUGCCUUCGGUUCCGUCAAUUUUAGGCUCGUAUUUUAUCGAAAAGAAGAAAUUACCUGUUGGAGUAAAUUUCUCUAAAAAUAAGAUCAAAAAAUCGUUCCUCACAGCAAUUAACUCAACUUAUUAUAAACUCGCACAAGGAUCAUUCACGUCCGUAAGGGUAGCAACGUACUCGAUGCCAACUGAUCAAAUAGUAGAGAACGUUAUGAAAGUUUUGGAGUCGGUGAAGAAAUUCCAUACUGAACAUGAAGUGUAUAAAAAUCACAUUUGCUCUGUUUUUCUAAAUUGGGGAGGGUCAGACUCACUUCCACUAUACUCAGAGGAACUACUCGAAGUUGAAAAGAUAAAUGAUGCAGCUAAGUAG